AUGGGGUCAGAAGAAGCUUCGGCUCUGCUCCUUUACACACAUUCAUAUUUUGAUGUUUUUACCAAAGAAAAAGUAGCACAGUGUAGUUUUAAGAAGUCUGUCAUCCUCUUCUCUUCUCCCGUCUUUCCUAAUUUAGACUGGGAUGAAAUUUCCAAGCACUUACCAAAGGACGUGGUUGUCCAUGUAGCAGGUAACAGUAGUAGCCUUAUAAAAGCUCCAGUUUCAGGACAAACAGAAAAUGGUACUUCGGAUGACUACAGUGCAAGUGACUCUGAUGAAGAGUCCGAUGAAGAACUUUCACUGCCGUGUCUGAAGCCUCAGGUGUACUAUGGGAGUUGGGCUCAGAGGAGCACGGCACUGGUGAUUGGUGGAGAGAUGCAUAGACUGAGUCUGGAGGCUCUUCGAUUGGCUGAGGACACAGAGGGCAGAAGGCUCUUUGUGCCCGUGGCUCCAGGUGUGGAGAGCCUGAACUCUGCAGUGCCUGCUAGUAUACUGCUGUUUGAAGGCAGACGACAGCUUCUGCAGUUGUUGGAGAAAACACGAGUAAAAGCACACUGA